AUGCAACGCAGCAGCAGGCUGACUCAGCAGCUUUGGGAAAGAUGGGUGACCCUGCUGAACUACCUUGAAAAUAACCCAAAGGUAGCUCAGGUGAGGAGCACCAGGAUGGGGCAGUACCUCAGCAGCCGCCCUCUCUUCGCUUUCACGCUGCUGCUGUUCGCCGUGAUGGCUUCACUGCCUGUCGGAAUUUUCUUGGCAUUUGCUCUGGUCACCGUUGUUAUGUCGGCAGCGGGUUUUGUUUUCUUUGAAGUGUUGCUCCUGUUUGUCGGAGGGCUGACUCUGCUGUCCGUGCUGUCUGGCAUCGCCAUCUUCUCUGUCGUGGCUUCAGUCGUCGUUAAUGCUUUCUUCAUCACCAUUCCCAGCCUACUGCAGUACAAAAACCCACAAACAAAGAAAGAUGUAAACCAUGAGACGGUUGGUGGAGUAAAGCUUCAGGACUAA